AGUGAUGACACCGCGACUGUGUCGUAAUAUUGUUAUUGGAUAUAAAUAUAUUAUGUACAUAUGUACAAAAAAUGUUUACAGAAAUAGUACCCUUAUCAACGUCGCGACAACAUUAACAAGCUAUACUAGUUCCCUAGAAAGAUUAUCGGUUAUUUCCAUCUUAAAUGGUAUAGCCACUAUUUUUGCUAUUGAGCAGAGUUAGUUGCUAGAGUAGCUUUAUGCCAGUUUUUUAUUUUUGUGAUCAAAGACAUGUUUUCUCAGAAAAAUAAAAAAGGACAAAGUUCGUUGCUGUCUUACUUUAGCUCAGACCCUGCGAGUAAGAAGAAACGGUUAGAAGAUGAACCAUUUGAUGGAGUUGCUUUGGAACAUCAACCAGAAGUAGAAGAUGUAUUAGGCUUAUCAGUCGCUCUCUCAACCACAACUUCUAAGGGUAAUUCUCCUUCAAAUGAAAUACAGAGGCUCAGGUCUUCCUCCAGUACAACUGACCAAUUAAUAAUUGGUCCAAUUAAUAAACGAGAUCCUACUCAUGGACCAGGUAUGGCCAAGACAUAUUUUAAGGAAGGUUCAUUUCAACCACAGGAUUUAAAUUUCCCUCAAGUGGACGGUAGGAAAUUUAGGCCAGAGUGGUAUAAAAUAUUUUCUUGGCUGGAAUACAGUAUUUUAACAGAUAAAGCGUUCUGUUUUGUCUGCCGUUUGUUUUACAACUCUGAAGAAAAUAAUGCAGAAGAUGUAUUUACCCUCACUGGAUUUUCCAAAUGGAAGAAAGCUGUAAACGCGUUUAAGAAACACGAGAAUAGCAGCUCACAUAGAAUUAGUAACAUUAAACUCAAUUCUCUAAAAGAAGCAGACAAAAGUGGCACUGUUAUAGAAAAAGUACAUCAGCAGUAUUCAGAAGAAGUAAAAGAAAACAGAUUGUACCUAGAAGCUUUGUGUGAAUCGCUGAUAUUUUGUGGUAGGCAAUCUAUUGCUUUGCGAGGUCAUGACGAAUCUACAGAUUCGAAGAAUAGAGGAAACUUUUUGGAGCUUAUGAAGCUUCGUUCUAUAGAUAACUGUUAUACCUCACCGACUUUCCAGAAUGAGCUAUUGUCAAUUAUUGGGGAACAAAUUAAAAUGCACAUUGCCAAAGAAGUUAAAGAGGCAAAGAUUUUUGCCAUUAUAGCAGAUGAGACUCAAAACAUAGCAAAACACGAACAAGUAGCUAUUGUCUUAAGGUAUGUUAAUGACAAGUUAGAAAUUCAUGAGUCAUUUGUAGGAUUUUACCGUACUAAAAGAGCUGACGGCGUUUCACUGGCCAAUGAACUGAAGAAUGUUUUGAUUUCGCUGGACUUGAACCUAAAAUACCUACGUGCUCAGUGCUAUGAUGGCGCCUCAAACAUGAGAGGCCCAUAUAAAGGAGUGGCAGCUAUAAUUAUGCAAGAAGCUCCAAUGGCAAUUCUUUAUAACUUCAUUGCGAAAUCAACUAAACGACAUGCUGUUUUUGAAGAAAUUCAAAAAACUUUUCAAAGCCAUGAUGGUGGAACAGUAACAUUAAAAUCUUUAAGUGACACUCGAUGGGCUUGUCGUGUCGAAGCCGUACGCUCUCUACUAGAUAAUUUUGAUGCCACUCUUGCAACUUUACGGGAGAUUUCCGAAAAAGACAAUGAUAGUGGUGGACAAGCCAAUGCGUUAUUGAAAAAUAUUGAGGACUUUAACUUUGUAUUUGACCUUUUAUUGCUCAAAAGAGUUCUAUCCCAAUGUGAUGUACUGUCAAAAACACUUCAGUCAAGUAGUGUGACUUAUGAAAUUGUGAAAUCUGUAAAAAACAGCACUCUUGAUGUAUUAAAAUCCUUCAGAACACAUGAAUUUUUCACAAAGUUGUUUGAUCACUGCACAGACAUCACUGACAAGUGCGGGUUUAAAACCGCCCAACUGCCAAGAAAUAGCCGAAUUCCACUAAAAAUUGGUGGAGGAAGUAAAACCCCAUUUGAAUCUGUAGAGCAGUACUACAAAGUAUCAAUCCUUUGGCCAGUUAUUGAUAUCCUAAUCGAGGAGAUAGAGGCUAGACUUCAAGAAAACAUCCUAGAUGUACUUAACCACUUAAGUGGAGUUCUAGGUGGAACCGAUGUAGACACAGCCUCUGUGCAAUAUGUGUCUAAAUAUUAUAAUUUAGACAACGAACUUCUUCUAUCUGAACUUAGAUGUUUCCUUAAAAUGGAAGAAUCAAGAAACAUAUCAAUUCAAGAAAGAGCUGACGUUUUUGUUCAUAAAUCUUUGAAAAAUGUGUUUCCUAUGCUUUUUGAACUUUUUCGUUUGUUUUUCACGAUUCCAAUGAACUCGGCUUCAUGUGAAAGGUCUUUUUCAUGCUUGCGUCGAUUGAAAACAUACACCAGAAGUACAGUUGGACAGGAUAGAUUAUCAUCUUUGGCUCUUUUAGCCAUCGAAAGGAAUGUAAAAGUAAACAUUUCUAAAGUUAUUGAUGAUUUUGAUUUAAACCGAAAUAGAAGACUUCAUUUUGUAUGA